GGCAGCGGGAACGCCCUGAGCCUAAAAAGCUCGGCUCCAAGACGAAAAAGCCCGCUUAGUUUCAUCCUUCUUGGUUUGCGCUCUCUGAAGGAGGCCCACGAAGGAAUAGCUCCCGCGUGGACUCCAAGGGGUGGAAUCAGAAGCUCGGGAGUGUUCGAAGGGGCGGGAUUACGGCCAACGUUGGUUGCUGAAGGCGGUGAGCCGGUUGCGUUAUCAGGGCUACCAAGGCCUUAUUUGCGCGGGUCCCCUGUUGUUAUGGAGCUCAUUACUAGCAACAUUCAGGUUUUGCUUCAAGCGGCUGACUAUUUGGAGCGCAAAGAGAGAGAAGCCGAAUAUGGCUAUGCUUCUCUCUCGCCUUACUGCGGACAAGAUACGUUGCAAUCGCAGAGGAGGCCGAGAAUGCGAAAGGCCCUCAAAAACUUCCGGUCUGUACAUAAUGAGCUGGAAAAACACAGCAGAAGGGCCCAGCUACGGCAGUGUUUAGAACAGUUGAAGCAGCAGAUCCCCACAAAUACAGAGCAUUCUCAUUACACAAUGCUUAGUCUUCUGCAUCGAGCCAGAUUGCACAUUAAAAGGCUGGAACAUCAGGAACAGAAAGCUCAACAAGAGAAAGAGAGGCUACGUUGUGAGCAGCAGAAUCUGCACCAGCGCUUAAAAGAAUUGCAAGCCCAAAUGAAUAUGGAACUGGCAGAAGCAGAUAGCCUGGAUUCUUCUUGGUUCUCCUCUGAGCAUUCUGACUCAGAAGAUGAAGUGGACAUAGAAGGCGUGGCAUCUGCCAGCGUUGGAGAUGUCAUGGCUGCUUUCAGUACUCGGCAGGAGCGCGGCUAUUCCACUAUCAGCAACUUCUGGUUAUGGACAGAAGUUCAGUUAAGAGGACAGCAUUCAUCUAGACCAGCUUCAAGCUUUUCAAAAAUUGCUUCGUGGCAGGAUAACUGAUACAUGGUUUAUAAGACUGUUUUCUGUAAGUAAAGAGGAACCCCCUUUCUUAUAAAAGAGAGACUAUGCAUCUCCUCAUGAAACCAAGUUUUGCAUCUCUACCUUUUUCACAAAACCAACUAGGUCAAUUGUUAAAAGAAUUACAUACUGAAGCUGGCUAACUUUACAUGGUAAUGUGAUGGCAGGAGGGAGAAGAGUGAGAUUUUAAAACACUUGACAUGCACUUGGUAUGAGUAGCUGCAUCUUACACUGCAUCCUAGUUAAGGUUUGUGGAGCAAGCAAGUCCAUUCUGCAGAGACUUCAGCUGGUAAGACACCCACACACCUGCUGGCAUUUUAAACAAAAGAUACACUUAGCUUUUAUCUAAAGGGGGGAUUAAAAAAUCCAUAUCACAACAGUAAACGCUAGGCUCAGUUCUUUUAUAUGAAAUGUGUCUUGCUGUUGUUGAAUAGACUGUGGAAUAAUAGUAAAGCUUUGCUUCAAGAGACUUUUUGCCAUUGCAAAUCUAGCUUUUGCUGACCUAUUAAGUGACCCAUUUUAAGACUUAUUUAGUGGGUUUUUGAUAAGUUGUAACCUAAGCACAGUAAUUUGUAAUAUUUAUUCACCAAUAGCUACCAAUUCUCUGAAGUCUCAUAUACAAAGGCUUGCUUUUGAGUUGCAUAAGAGGCAAAUGUAAACAGGAAGAUAAUUAAAUCAUUGAUGAAAAACAGAUCCUGAUACCGAAAUAAAUUGAAGUCUAUGGUUUUAAUGAAAAUUACACCUUUAAGAAAGAAGAUGAUUGUCAGAUUUGUACAGUCUCAAUUAAAAAAACAUAAAAUCUACAGACAUUCUGGUCAAGUCCCAAAGGAAGGGAAGCUUUAGUUAAAGUGAACCUUCCAGUAUUAUACCACCCUGUGCCAGUGGCAUUCUGGUUCCCUUCAGUGGGAAAACUGUUUUCUCACACAUACUGUUGCUUUUUUGUAGUAGCUGCCUUUCCAGCAAAGUCUUUUGCCUUCUCAGUAACUGCCAAAGCUGUCUCCUUGGCAGUUUC